GCAACUUAGUGCUGGCCUUCGAGACAACAUCACGUUGCCAUCGACUUUAGUAUACACAAUAAACAUUUUUUUACACUUUUUUAAAAAACUUUUUUCUAAAAAAAACCUUUUUUUCAAUAAAAGAAUACUUCACAAAAAAAAUACAUUUUUUUACAUUCACAUUUCUUCAGCUUCAAAUGUAAAUAAAUGACAGUGACUACUCUCCUUAAGUGUUGAAGAAUAAAAAAUAACGGUGUAAAGAAAAAAAUCGUUUUUUUGAAUUGGUUUUUUAACCAAGUCAUUUUUUUAUAACGAAGUCAAGGUCAUGUUUCAUCGGUCAAUUCCGGUGACAAUCGCGGCUCUUUUGCUGGUGACAUUUUGCAUUGAUACUAAAGCAAGUGGAGUCGACGAGUCGGAAGAUUCGAUUAUUAUCGAUGCGGCAGAUUUGAAUAAACGUGGACGAGAGGAGCGACAAUUUUUCACUCUCGAGAAAAAAAGUCUCCCUGGACAGUGUUUAACAUCAAAAGGUGAAGUGGGAAAGUGCACAACAUUCAAAGAAUGUUAUCCGUACUUUAAGAUACCAGAUUUAGGAAUUCUGGACGGAUGGGUUUUGGGUGUUUACGAUAGUUGCAGUUAUCUUCAAUCAGAUGGAAAAGCAGCAUUCGGUAUUUGUUGCGCUGAUUAUCAGCCAACAACACCCGCGUCAAAUUUGGAAAGUGGAAUAUCAGUCGAAAAUCCGGAUGAGGAAGUAACUGCCGUUGACGAACAGAGCAAAGUGGAAGUCGUAAAACCGCGUCCAAAGCCAACAGCAACCUGGCCACCGCCACUUCCGACGCAUCCUCCACAUCACACGAUUCCUCCAAUUCCAACGCAUCCGCCGAGUUUUGCCGGUGCCACUGCCGCCAGUUCCACUUCAAAACCACCAUUCUCCCCAUCGUCGCCAUCGUCACAAAAACCAACGAGCGCCACAUGGCCCACAAAGAAACCAGCCUACUGGCCAGCCGGUAUUCCCACAUUAUUGCCUGGAUUACCAUCGGAAGCGCCACUAGCGCCAAGUAAACCGCCGCCCACAUCAAUUCCAACCAUUGCAUCGCCAAUUGAUUCUGGUUAUUGUGGCUCGAAAAAUGGUCCGCAAAAAAUUUCCGACUCCGAUCGUAUUGUCGGUGGUCAUAGUACAAAAAUUGGCGAAUGGCCCUGGAUUGUUGCACUCUUCAAUGCUGGCCGACAAUUUUGCGGUGGUUCGCUAAUUGAUAAUAUUCACAUUCUCACAGCCGCUCACUGUGUUGUCAACAUGAAUUCCUGGGAUGUAGCAAGAUUGACGGUACGACUUGGCGAUCAUAAUAUAAAAACAAGUACGGAGGUUCGUCACAUUGAGAGACGAGUGAAACGUGUCGUUCGCCAUAAAAACUUCAAUUCACGAACUCUCUAUAAUGACGUGGCACUUUUGACUCUCAAUGAGCCCGUUGAAUUCUCCGAGCAAAUACGACCAAUUUGCCUGCCGUCAGGUCGCGAUCUCUACAAUCAUCAGGAAGCCACCGUCAUUGGCUGGGGCUCACUUCGAGAAAGUGGGCCACAACCAGCAGUUUUGCAACAAGUGACAAUUAAAAUCUGGUCUAACGCCGAAUGUAAGGUGAAAUACGGAGCAGCGGCACCAGGUGGCAUUGUAGACAGUUUCUUAUGCGCCGGCCAAGCACAAAAAGAUUCUUGUUCUGGCGACAGUGGAGGUCCAUUAAUGGUGAACGACGGACGUUGGACCCAAGUUGGAAUAGUGAGCUGGGGAAUAGGAUGUGGCAAGGGCCAGUAUCCAGGUGUUUACACAAGAGUCACGCACUUCCUGCCAUGGAUAAGUAAAAAUUUAAAAUAAAAAAAAAUGCCACUGCGUCUCAUCAAAUCACUUUAAUGAAAUUGCCAAUUUCCUCAAGUCAUUCCUCCUUCUAUCGUUAUCGCACACUAUAAAAACAGUCACAAAACGAAUACUGAAUGUAUGCGCAGGAAUAGAGUGACUAUUGAAAAAAAAGAAAUGAAAUGAAGACACAGCGUAAAGAACGUUUUACUGAUGCAAAGACCAUUUCGUUAUUAGAGUAAAUAAAAUUUUUAAUUCUCUUCGUUAUCUUCAAUUGCCAUAUUUGUCAUUAUCAUAUAUGAAAAUAAAGAAAGGAAUGUAGACUUUAGUAAUAUUUUUAGAAACAAAGAAAAAAUAUACUUGUAAGUCUUAUUUUCAAGUUAAUUUUUGUAAUGUAGAAAAAAUCAUCUAGAAUUUCGCAUAUUUUAUAAAAUAUUAUUAUUAUUAUUAUUAUUAUUAUUAAUAUUAUUAUUAUGUACGAUUUAGUUAAAAUAAAAAAAAAUUGAAAAAAAUCUA